AAGAGUAAGUUGCAUGGAUAAGAUCAUCAUUUGGCUUAUAGUGAACUGCCAGCCCCACUUGGAUAGCGUUUAUAUGCACCAUUCCAGAGAUAAGAUCUCAGGUGAUAAGAUGCAAUCCUCUAUAAAGAGAUAAAGUAAGACUUAAAAUCACAGACUACGGAGUAGCAGCAUCUUCAACCAGACUCAAAGAAGAAAAAUUAUACUUACCUUUUCUCUUUCAAUCAGAAAAUGCAGCCUCCAAGACCCCUCACUGAUGCUGAAAAGAUGAUGGCAAACUAUGUGCCUCUCCAUGUAAUGCUCCCUCUGGGAGUUGUUAAUGUCGACAACGUUUUGGAAGACAAUCGCAAGCUGGAGAAGCAGCUCAAAGAGCUGAGAGGAGCUGGUGUUGAUGGGAUCAUGGUGGAUGUGUGGUGGGGGAUUAUAGAAUCCAAAGGCCCUAAGAAGUAUGAUUGGAAUGCAUAUAUGAUCUUGUUUCAACUUGUUCAGAAAUGCGGAUUGAGAAUACAAGCUAUCAUGUCCUUCCACCAGUGUGGUGGCAAUGUCGGAGAUGCUGUUUUCAUACCGCUUCCCAAAUGGGUUCUUGAUGUUGGUGAAGACUUCCCCGAUAUCUUUUACACUAACCGAGCAGGUACCAGGGACAAGGAAUAUCUCUCUCUAGGUGUGGAUAACCUGCCUCUCUUUGGAGGUCGAACACCGGUUGAGAUCUAUAGUGACUACAUGAAGAGCUUCAGAGAGAACAUGGAGGAAUUCUUAGCAGCUGGAACCGUAGUGGACAUUGAAGUGGGGCUUGGUCCUGCAGGGGAGCUCAGAUAUCCAUCGUAUCCAGAAACUCAAGGAUGGGUUUUCCCUGGUAUUGGAGAAUUUCAAUGCUAUGACGAAUAUCUCAAAGCAGAUUUUAAAGAGGCUGCAACAAAGGCAGGGCACCCCGAAUGGGACUUGCCAGAUGAUGCAGGAGAAUAUAAUGACACACCUGAAUCAACAGGGUUCUUUGGUUCAAAUGGGACAUACUUUUCUGAUAAAGGGAAGUUCUUCUUGACUUGGUAUUCGAAUAAGUUAUUGAUGCAUGCUGAUCAGAUCAUUGAUGAAGCCAACAAAGCAUUCCUGGGAUGCAAAGUCAAGUUAGCAGCUAAAGUUUCUGGAAUCCAUUGGUGGUACAAUGAUGCUACUCAUGCUGCAGAGCUAACUGCAGGGUACUACAACUUGAAUGACAGAGAUGGGUACCGAACCAUAGCAAGAAUGCUCUCACGGCACGAUGCCACCUUGAAUUUCACAUGCCUUGAGAUGAGGGACAGUGAACAAACUGCAGAGGCUAAAAGUGCACCUCAGGAACUUGUUCAACAGGCACUGAGUGGUGGCUGGAGAGAGGGGAUUGAAGUUGCAGGUGAAAAUGCACUCAAUAGAUAUGACCGUACAGCUUAUAAUCAAAUGCUGUUAAACGUCAGGCCAAACGGUGUCAACAAAAAUGGGCUUCCCAAACUAAGGAUGUCUGGUUUAACUUACCUUCGGUUAGGAGAUGAUCUAAUGGCACGGAAGAAUUUCAAGAUAUUCAAGAUAUUUGUGAAGAAAAUGCAUGCUGAUUUGGAUUACUGUCCAGAUCCACAGAACUAUAGCAAGGUGGUUCCAUUGGAGCGGUCAAAACCAAAGAUUCCGAUUGAGGAACUUCUGGAAGCAACUGAACCAAUCAAGCCAUUCCCAUGGGACAACGAAACAGACAUGAGUGUUGGUGGUGCCCUUGCAGACUAUGUGGACAGUUUCUUGGACAAGGUCUUUUUUUGGUCUAAGUAAGAGGAGCUACCGUAGUUGAGAUGCUACUAAAGUAUGACAUUGUGACCACAUCUGUAAUCCAGAUCUCUAUUUUGAAUAAAAAAUCUGCAUUUCCACUUGCACCUGAAGCUUGCAACUCAAUUACAGUUGAUUAUAUGUUCACCAAUAAUUGCACCAAGAACAAACCCAUCUUUUAGUGGUUAUGGCAAAACCUUUAGGUAUCCCUCGCAAGAAUUUCUCUAUACUUGAUCUUAGAAUUUUGAGGAGGCAAUCCCCACAUGGUUAAACCUCAAAAGUUUCAUGUGAUCUUAAUUGAAGUAAUUGGGCUGUGUUAACUAGUUCAGAAGCAAUGCAGUCUUCAUAAUGAUCCCAAAGCAUCUUCUCUUUCACUUCUUCAACACCAUAAAAACUUCGACCUUGUGUUACAGUUGUAUCCGGAACUCUUGAGUCAAUUUGCUGACGCAAGAAUUUUGUGUGGUGUAUUUAUUUACUAGGAACCUCUUAGCCAUCUUAUCUAAUUCAACAAAGCUGCAGCUAGGUGUUUCCAUUAGUCCCUUCUUACCCAUGCUUUCACCCUUUCUGCAUUAUCACAUCAUUUCUCAGUGGCACAAGUACACGGGACAGGCAAAUCAUCCCAAGUCCAUCUCAAAGACUUGCUAGCUGAAACUUCAGAUAGCCUCACAUUUUGAAGAAGCCAAUAACAGAAAAGGAGAGCACUCAAGAUGUCACUGAAUGGUUUAAUUUCCAUCCUCUUAUCAACUCACACCAUUCUUCCCAUUCUGUUCAGCAAAUUUCCCUAACACAGGAAUAUUGAGCAAUUCCAGCAUUCACAUUGCCCCUUCCCAUCAAUGAAACUCAUAUCCAGCAACUAAUAGCACCCCAGGAGAUGGAAGUUUGUCAGACAUCUCACUGACAAUGUUAUACGAACCAGGCAAAUAUCCUCAUUUCAGCUACAAGCUCCUAAGGGUAGUUUCCGCCAUUGCCUUUGUAACAGACCCUUAAGCUCCAAGCACAGCCUCAACAGUUGCUUGAUCUAGCCACAUCCUCCAAAUAAUUAGAUACAAAAGUAUCACACUUUCCUAAUUUUCUACACUUGCAUAACACACUCAUAGAUUCCAUCGUACAGCAUCUCCCAAUUAACUCAUCAAAAUAUGAUUUUGGAGCCACCACAAAAUUACUGACAUACAAUUCCAAGUAGACAGAUAGCCAGAACACUGCAAACCCACAAUAAAUUUGUAAGCACGUAUAACAUGGAUUGCUCCACCCUGCUAAGUCAGUUCAAACAGACUAUGCCAGGCAAGUGCUUUACCAUGCAACUGCUUUAGUUUUUGAAUUAUCUGGAAGCUCAUAAGGCGUCUCUUGUGCCACUGUUCUUCAUAAUAAGCUGAAAUUAUCAUGUUCCAAGAGACUAAAUCAUCUUCAAAUCCCUUCUCUGACUCAAAUUCUCAAAAAUUGGUCAAGUAUUCAUUCACCAAUAGUCACCACAAGAACAAUAUCCGUCUCUGAAGUGGUGAAACCUAUGGGUGUCCCUCAUUAUAAUUUCUCGACAUGUAAGCUUAGAAAUGAGUUUUGUUACAGUGUGGCAAUCUCCACAUGUUCGCAGGUUCUUGGUGAUCCUAAUUAUCGUUCCUGGGCCCGACUUAAUUAAAGCAAAAGCAAUUGCCAGUCUUUCACUGUGAUCCCAAAGCAUCUUCUCUUUCACUUCUUCCCCGACAUCAUAG